AUGAACGCGGGGAAAGGGUCAGGAUUUUCAGAAGCAGUUACAGUGAGAGAUGAGAGGAGCUCCUCUUCUGACCGCUACACCUCCUCUGUCCGCUACACCUCCUCUGACCGAUACACCUCCUCUGACCGAUACACCUCCUCUGACCGAUACACCUCCUCUGACCACUAUACCUCCUCUGACCACUACACCUCCUCUGACCACUAUACCUCCUCUGACCACUAUACCUCCUCUGACCACUACACCUCCGCUACACCUCCUCUGACCGAUACACCUCCUCUGACCGAUACACCUCCUCUGACCACUACACCUCCUCUGACGGAUACACCUCCUCUGACGGAUACACCUCCUCUGACGGAUACACCUCCUCUGACCGAUACACCUCCUCUGACCACUACACCUCCUCUGACCGAUACACCUCCUCUGACCGAUACACCUCCUCUGACCACUACACCUCCUCUACACCUCCUCUGA